AACCACCCUGUGUCCUUCCUCUUUCUGCCUCUCUCUCCUCCCUCUCUGCUCAGCUCCAAUCAGCGUGCGGGAAGAGAAUGCUGCCAUGCUUUACAUGCGGAAGUGUGAUGGAGGCGGUGUGUGGAUGGAGGUCCAGAGGAAAACUGGAGCCUGAUGUGGAGGCGCUGGUCACGGAGGAAUGGAUGACAUGUCUUCUGGAUCACAUCACUGCUGCACCGCCUCUCUCUUGUUCUUUUUUGUUGAUAGUGAGUUCCCAGGAGUACAGCUGACUGUUUUAGCCUCCACCUCUCUCUGCUUAUCCCACAUUUUGCCCCCUCAUCCUCCCCAAAGCCAUGGAGGAGGUCACCAGGGCUACAGAAAUCACACCAGUUCCUCUAUCGCUCUUGGAACGGCAGGUCCACCAGCGACGACCGACAGUUUCAACGCUCAAAUCCAGACUGAAACGGGGUGUAACUUGUUCUGUACCCAGAGUCCAAGCCACACUAACUGGGUUUUUCCCUGUUGUGCGCUGGCUGCCUAAAUACAAGUUCCGAGAGUAUGUUUGGGGCGACGUGAUGUCGGGACUAAUUGUGGGGAUCAUUCUAGUACCUCAGGCCAUUGCCUACUGCCUGCUGGCUGGAGUGCCGCCCAUCUACGGCCUAUACACUUCAUUUUACGCCAACAUAAUCUACUUCCUCAUGGGGACAUCCAAACAUGUUUCUGUGGGGAUCUUCAGCCUCAUGAGCCUCAUGGUCGGCCAGGUGGUGAUCAGGGAGCUAUACCUGGCGGGUUUUGACCUCAAUGAGGACGUCACACCAUCUGAUGUUUCUAACACCACGGCACUCUCAAACUACUCUGAUGGCAAAGUGGACUAUGUGGCGCUGAUGGGCCUCCAUUGUGGGAAGGACUGUUACGCCAUCACCGUGGCCGCCGCUCUCACAUUUCUUGCUGGUAUCUACCAGGUCAUCAUGGCAGUGUUCCGGCUUGGUUUUGUCUCGGUCUUCCUUUCAGCCCCGAUGCUCGAUGGUUUCGCCACAGGAGCCUCUUUCACCAUCUUGACUGUACAGGCUAAAUACCUGCUGGGUCUAAAAAUUUCCCGUCAGCAGGGCUAUGGCACCGUCAUCUUCACCUGGAUCGGUAUCUUCGCCAACAUUCAUAAGACCAACCUUUGUGACGUCAUCACAAGCGCCAUCUGUAUUAUCAUCUUAGUGGCAGGAAAAGAGAUCCAGGAAAGUUUUAAAGAUCGUCUGAAGAUCCCUCUGCCAACUGAGCUGGUAGUGGUAGCAGGAGCGACGCUCGCAAGCCAUUAUGGGGAUCUGAACCACCGUUACAGCUCCAGCAUUUCUGGUCACAUCCCCACAGGGUUCAUCCCUCCUCAGGUGCCAUGUUUUGCUUUGAUGCCACGAGUGGCUUUGGACGCCAUCCCUCUGGCUGUCAUCAGCUUUGCCUUCACCGUGUCACUAUCUGAGAUGUUUGCAAAGAAACAUGGCUACACCGUGCGUCCCAACCAGGAGAUGCUGGCCAUCGGCUUCUGUAAUAUCAUCCCAUCCUUCUUUCAUUCUUUCACCACCAGUGCAGCACUGGCAAAAACCAUGGUGAAGGAUUCAACAGGUUGUCAGACGCAGGUCUCGAGUCUGAUCAGCGCAAUGGUCGUCCUUCUCGUCCUGCUCUUCUUUGCACCAUUCUUCUACUCACUCCAGAAGUGUGUUCUCGCCUGUAUCAUCAUUGUCAGCCUUCGGGGAGCACUCAGGAAGUUUCUGGAUGUCCCUGCAAAGUGGCGUGCAAGCCGGAACGAUGCCAUUGUUUGGGUGGUAACGAUGGCGGCCACAGCUUUAAUCAGUGUGGAGUUGGGGCUCCUCGUUGGAAUCAUCUUUUCCAUGCUCUGCAUCAUCUUUAAGACCCAGAACCCUAAGGUCUCUCUCCUGGGUCAAGCCAGCGGCACUGACCUGUAUGAGGAUGUGGAAGAGUACAGGAACCUCAUUCCACCAGCUCAGGUCCAUGUGUUCCGCUUCCAGGCUCCUCUGUACUACGCCAACAAGGAUUCCUUCCUCAAAUCACUCUACAAAGCAGUUGGAGUUGAGCCAUUCUUGGAGCUGAACCGUCGAAGAAAGGCAGAGAAAAAACACAAAGAGAUGGUGGAGAACCAAAGCAAGGCAAAUGGGGACAAACCCAACGGAGAUGUUGAAGUGAGACUCAUCCACAAAGAACUGGAUUUCCACACAAUAGUUUUGGACUGCUCUGCCAUCUCCUUCAUUGACUCAGCAGGUGUGGCCACGUUGAAAGGGCUCCUCAAGGACUACAUGGAGAUCGGGGUGACUGUGCUCCUAGCUCGGUGUAACACCACAGUCGUUGAUGCUCUGCAGAAGGAAGAAGUAUUUGGGAAGGAUGGCAGGAACAUGGCUGAGCUGUUGUUUCAUACAGUUCAUGCUGCAGUUCUAUAUGCCAACAGUAGGGGUGCUACAGCACAUAGCAUCUCAGUAGACUCUGUAGUGUAGAGAAGG